UUUGUGUAACUUGAACUUUGACUCCAACAGCAACAACCAAGCCUGGUCCGAGUGCUGAGAGCACUGUCUGCUGUCCCGGUGGUUUCAUAACAAGUUUACCUCGAGGGGUAUUUACGUGACAUUCUGCAAACCGUCUUUCAUUGAUUCCCAGCGAUUUGUGUAUAUUUUCUUCACAUCGGGAGCAAGACUUACGUAUUCAUCAUGGCAAACAACAGGGACAAAGCCGCAAAUCAACUGAAUGAGUUCAAGAAAUCUCAGCUGGGCGCUGAUGGCAUGACCACAGGUACCGGGGCCCCAGUGGGAAACAAGACCGCCACCCUGACUGUGGGUCCCCGUGGACCAAUCCUGCUCCAGGAUUUUGUCUUCACAGAUGAAAUGGCUCAUUUCAACCGGGAGCGGAUUCCUGAAAGAGUCGUCCAUGCUAAAGGCUCUGGUGCUUUUGGAUACUUCGAAGUCACCCAUGAUGUUUCAAAAUACUGCAAAGCAAAGAUCUUUGAGCAUGUCGGCAAAAGGACACCCCUGGCUGUCAGGUUUUCCACCGUAGGUGGAGAGAAAGGUUCGGCUGACACUGCACGAGAUCCCCGUGGCUUCGCUGUCAAGUUUUACACCGACGAGGGCAACUGGGACUUGGUGGGCAACAACACUCCCAUCUUCUUCAUCAGGGAUCCCAUGCUGUUUCCAAGCUUUAUUCACACUCAGAAAAGAAAUCCAGUGACAAACUUGAAGGACCCUGACAUGUUCUGGGACUUCAUCUCCCUGCGGCCAGAAACCACUCACCAGGUGUCCUUCCUGUUCUCCGACCGCGGCACGCCCGACGGGUACCGCCGGAUGAACGGCUACGGCAGCCACACCUUCAAGCUGGUCAACGCUCAGGACCAGGCUGUGUACUGCAAGUUCCACUACAAGACUGAACAAGGCAUAAAAAAUCUGAUGGCUGACCAAGCGGGAGACCUCCAGGGCACUGACCCCGACUACGCCCAGCGAGAUCUGUUCAAUGCCAUUGAUGAGGGUAACUUCCCCUCCUACAAGAUGUUCAUCCAAGUCAUGACCUUUGAGGAGGCGGAGAAGUUCAGGUGGAACCCCUUCGAUCUCACAAAGGUUUGGCCCCACGGGGAGUUCCCGCUCAUCCCCGUGGGCAGGAUCGUGCUGAACCGUAACCCCAAGAACUACCACGCUGAGGUGGAGCAGCUGGCCUUCUCGCCCGCUCAUCUGGUACCGGGGAUUGAGGCCAGCCCCGACAAAAUGCUUCAGGGCCGUCUGUACUCCUACUCCGACACCCACCGCCACAGACUGGGCAGCAACUACCUGCAGAUCCCCGUCAACUGCCCGUUCAACACGCGCGUCAGGAACUACCAGCGCGACGGCCCGCAGUGUGUCAACGACAAUCAAGAGGGAGCCCCGAACUACUUCCCCAACAGCUUCACGGGGCCCGUGGACAACGUGCAGAAGGUGGAGAACUGCCAGCACAUCUCUGGCGACGUGCAGCGGUACAACACAGCGGAUGACGACAACUUUUCGCAAGUCGGCCUGUUCUGGAACAAGGUUCUGAGCCCCGACGAGAGGACGAGGCUGGUGGACAACAUCACAGGCCACCUGAAGGACGCCCAAGAGUUCAUCCAGAAGAGAGCCGUCAACAACUUCGCCCAGGCCGACCCCGAGUUUGGCCGCAGGCUGCGAGAGGGACUGGCCAAGUACAAGUCUGCUUCAGCGGGAAUGUCUGCCAACUUGUAACUGACCAUCAUUCAAGGAGGACCAUGGAGAGAGAAUUCUGAGCUGUUGGAGUCAAGGGCUUGUGCAGCGUUCACAGAGCGAAAAUGUGAUAAGAUAUGCAGACUAGACUAUUUUGAUUUGCGUAUAUUGGUUCUUUUUUAACAGAUUUUUCUUUUCCUUUAAUAAUUGAUUAAUAUUGUGGGAAUUACAACACAAGGUCUUUUUUAAAAUAUGGAAAUCUUUUUUUUGGUUUGUGAAUGGAAUUUUUAGGGUACCCUUUUUGAAAGGUAUAUCUAUUUCAAUUUAACGAUCAACUUUAGAAAGUAUGACCUUUUUUACUCCUAGAUUUUGCUUAUAUUAUAUACAAGCAAAAUGCAAUAGAUACACAGAGUUUGAUUCCUAAUCUUUACGCUGAGGGGAGUCGGAUGUUGGAAAUGUCAGACAUUCCGUUCGUGAGUGGUUUGAAUGUCAAAUUUGUCAUAAGUCAAGAUUUCUGUUGAAGUUUCUUCAGUGAAGCGCCUCUGUGACAUUUAUCCUGAUUAUUGAUCGGAAACUGUUGACAGAUGGUGAACACGAAGUGUUUUCUGGUUUUUAAUCAAUCUUUAUAAUUGGUUGUUUAAAGAAAUCUUAACAGAAGCUUUUUUUACACUUUUUUAAAACAAAGUCAUCAGUCUACGAAAUCCUCAUUUGUUGGAAUGUGUUUUUGUUUGAAGUUUAGAUCAGUAGAAAAAUCCUUCAUGUUUCAUUUGUAAGGCAACUGCUGUAAGGAGGCAAAAUAAAUCUAUAUAUAGUUGUUUUUAUGCACUUUUUUUUUCUUUCUCUUAUGUUUAUUAGUGGCUUAAGGUUGUGAGAUGAUCAUACACAUCACGGACUGGUCAUGGUCCUAAUCUUCUUCUUUCCCCAAAAUUCUUUAUUCAGUCUUUUUCCUGACACAUGUUCUGUAUGCUCGCACUAUGUGUCUGAAUUGGAUAUAUUUUCUAUUUUUCUUUCACCCCCACUCACUCAAGAUUGCACAUAUACAUACAGGCACACAUCCACAUACACAGACAAACCCAUAUACCUUCUAGUAUGUUUUGUUUAUAUGACUGGGAAUGAAUGUUAUGUAUGUUGGUGAAAGUUUUUGAUAGAAUUUUCUGUUUUCAAAAAGGAUUUUAUUUCAUGUAGUUUCAAUUUUUGUAAUAUGGUAUAUUUUUUUGGGUAGAUCUAUUUCCUGGCAUGAACAGAAAGGAAUUUGGAAGGUUUUCUUGUCAGAACGUUGCCAGUGAGUCAUUAUUAUUUUUUUCAACAUACAAAAAUUCUUCUCCUUUUCCCUACUACUACUGAGAAGGAAGAUACUUUUGUUUAUUUGUGUCUAUGUAAAUGACAGGGACAAUCUAGAGAUAACCUCUUGUACAUUACCCAGAACCAUAAGGAAUUUUUCAUGUUGUGUUUUAACAUUUGGUGUGUUGAUUCAUGGAUAAUAAUUUACUUUAUAGCUUGCACAGUGCUUUUUGUCAUAUUGCCGGAACUUUGUGAAAAGCUAAUAAAAGUACCAUACAUCUUGCCUAUUUA